AUGCUAUCAUUUUAUUCGCUUCCAUCAUCAGUUAUGCAACAUCCGGUACAUAGAGUUAUUCGAGCAGUGUAUUCGUUCUAUAACGUCGCCACUACAGUUUCAUUCAAGCAGCUCAUGAAUGACGCUUUGAUUAUCGCUCAUAAACUAGGCUUUGAUGUGUUCAAUGCAUUGGAUCUCAUGCAAAACGCUUCAAUCUUGGAAGACUUGAAAUUCGGCAUUGAAUGUAAUCUGCCUAAUACUAUUUACAACUGA